GUCUUUCCUAUAUCCUAUUUUACAUUUUCUUAUUCGUGUGUUUUUGUUUUUUGGAAAGACAUGCCAGUAAUUUCGGAAUAAAUCCUGACAUAUGAUUGGUCCGACCCACUUCUACGUAGGCGGAUUGUCAAUUCCAGUCAUACGAUCUGUCAUCAUCCUUCGUACAAUGCGAAAAGGGAAGUUGAAAGAAGUGGGAGAGGGACAUCGCGGGGCCUUAUGAAAUUUAAUAUUACAGUAUCUUGGCUGGGAGCUCGACUCACUGUGAAGCUACGCUGAAGUGCCACAAAUAUUGUCCCGGAGACACAAUUAACAUAACUAGCUUCCUCUUUUUGGUAGGUAUUUCCUGCACUUUCACAGUACGUCAGUGUCCAGUGGAAGAGACCGGACAGUGUGACAUGGCAAGUAGAGGUGGAGCCACACGACCCAAUGGGCCAAACGCAGGCAACAAGAUCUGCCAGUUCAAACUUGUGCUUUUAGGAGAAUCAGCUGUGGGGAAGUCAAGUCUUGUACUUCGUUUCGUCAAGGGACAGUUUCAUGAAUUCCAAGAGAGCACAAUCGGGGCUGCCUUCCUGACUCAGACAGUAUGUUUGGACGACACAACGGUCAAGUUUGAAAUCUGGGACACAGCCGGUCAGGAACGUUACCAUAGUCUGGCUCCCAUGUACUACAGAGGUGCCCAGGCCGCCAUCGUGGUCUAUGAUAUAACAAAUGAGGAGUCAUUUGUACGGGCGAAGAACUGGGUUAAGGAGCUUCAGAGACAAGCCAGUCCAAAUAUUGUAAUAGCCCUGGCUGGGAACAAGGCUGAUCUUGCGAACAAGAGAGCACUGGACUUCCAGGAUGCACAGUCAUAUGCAGAUGACAACAGCUUGCUUUUCAUGGAAACAUCAGCAAAAACCUCGAUGAACGUGAACGAGAUUUUCAUGGCCAUUGCAAAGAAGUUACCCAAGAAUGAGCCUCAAGCUGCUGGCGCCACCAGUGGGCGGAACCAGGGAGUGGUCCUGACAGAUACGGCUCAGCCCAGCAGCCGUCCCUGCUGCAGUAACUAACCCAGCUCUUCCUGCUCACAGCCCCCCACCCCAUCCCACCCCAUCCCAACUGAACGACAUUUGGACAUCGGGCUUCGUGGCUCUCUGACGUCAGACCUGAUCCUCAGCCUCACUCCCCCUGGAAUAGCUAAAAGACUCUGUAUAGCUGCAUUUCUAAUACCUUUUUUUUUGUUGAUGUCCUUUUUUUUAACUUUUUUUUUUU